UCAUCCAAACAAACUGGAAUGCGUUACGUAUGCUGUCCAUUCCUCAACAGGUGUAUGAAGAGCUGAGAAUCAUUGGAGCUGCUGCAGCCGAGGCCAAGGCCAGGAGGAUUCUGGCCGGUCUGGGUUUCACCUCUGAAAUGCAAAACCGACCCACUAAGAGAUUCUCUGGAGGCUGGAGAAUGAGAGUCUCCCUGGCCAGAGCUCUGUUCAUGGAGCCCACACUCCUGAUGCUGGAUGAACCCACGAACCACCUGGAUCUGAACGCCGUCAUCUGGCUCAACAAGUGAGGAGAAAUUAAGACUGAUUCACAGAUGAUCAAAUAUACUCGGG